CGACGUGAACGCGCAGAACAAGAGAGCAACGAGCGCGGCUUCGAAGUCUCUGUCUUUCCUGCCUUAUGUCCCAUCGAGUAGGCUGAACCACCACGUGUAUGCGUUAAAUAUUUCGUUUCUUGUUUCCAUACGUCCAGUUCUUUGUGUUUCGCUGAAACACACAACAGCACCAUGGUGAAAUUAGCAAAGGCAGCUAGCAAGCAAGCAACCCUAAAGAAAAAAGCCCCUCCACCAAAAGAGGUAGAGGAAGAAUCGAGUGAAGAGGAAAGCAGUGAGGAGGAAGAGGCCCCUAAAGUGGUGAAAAAAACCACACCAGCAAAAGCAGUUAAGAACGGCGCUGCUGCUAAGAAGGCAGAAAGUGAGGAUGAUGAUUCCGAGGAGGAAUCUGAGGAAGAGGCCCCACCACCCAAAAAGACUCCCGCAAAGGCUAAACCAGCACCAGCCAAGGCAGCCCCUGCAAAGGCUGAGGAGUCCGAGGAUGAUGACGAUGAGGAUGAUGAUGAGUCUGAAGAAGAGGCCCCACCCCCUAAGAAAGGAGCUAAACCUGCUGCUAAACCCGCAGUAAAGGCUAAACCUGCAAAGGAGUCUUCUGAGGAGGAUGAUGACGAAGAUGAUGACGAAGAAGAGGCUGCACCCCCCAAGAAGGCAGCUAAACCAGCCACCAAGAAGGCUGCCAAAGAGGAGUCUGAUGACGAUGAUGAUGAAGAUGACUCUGAGGAAGAGAUGGACACCGCCCCUGCUCCAGCAAAAGCAAAGAAAGCGGGGAUGGUGAAAGCCAAGGAAGAGUCAGAGGAGGAGGAGGAUGAUGAUGAGGAGGAGGACGAUGAUGAGGAUGAAGAGGAAGCCCCAGUGACCCCUGCAAAGAGGAAGGCAGAGGGAAAGAAAGAGGCUCCUGCUGCCAAGAAGGCAAAGGCAGAGGGUGAAGGUUUCUGUCUAUUUGUUGGGAACUUGAACUCCGACAAGGACUUUGAUGAAAUUAAAGAGGCCAUGAGAAAGUUCUUCACCAAGAACAGUCUUGAAGUCGCCGAUGUCCGGUUAGGUGGAUCCAAAAAGUUUGGUUAUGUGGACUUCUCGACUGAGGAGGACAUGCAGAAGGCACUAGAGCUUAAUGGCAAGAAGUUCAUGGGUAAUGAGCUGAAGUUGGACAGAGCCAGAAGCAAGGAGACCUCACAGGAUAGCAAGAAGGAGAGGGAUUCACGAACACUGUUUGUGAAAAACCUUCCCUUCUCCGCGACGAUUGAAGACUUGAAGGAAGUUUUCGAAGCUGCCGUUGAUGUCAGGUUACCGCCAGGCCAGAACGGUUCAAACAGGGGCAUUGCGUACAUUGAGUUCAAAUCUGAGGCUGAAGCAGAGAAGAUGUUGGAGGAAGCUCAAGGUGCUGAUGUCCAGGGGAGGUCCAUCAUGGUGGACUACGUUGGCGAUAAGAGCCAGAAGGGAUCUAUGGUUGGAGCAGCUGGAGCAGCCAGUAAAACACUGGUGGUGAAUAAUCUGUCCUUCAGCGCCACAGAAGAAGCCCUUCAAGCCACAUUUGAGAAGGCUGUCUCUAUUAGGAUUCCACAGAGAGAUGGCAGACCAAAAGGUUUUGCUUUUGUAGAAUUUGAGAGCACAGAGGAGGCAAAGGAUGCUCUGGAAAACCUCAACAAUACAGAUAUUGAUGGCCGCUCCAUCCGCCUGGAGUACAGCCAGAACAGUGGCAGAGACGGGGGCAGAGGAAACUCCGGUCCAACCAAGACCUUGUUCGUCAAGGGUCUCUCCGAGGACACAACAGAUCAGAGCCUCAGGGAUGCGUUCGAUGGAGCCGCAGCAGCCAGGAUAGUCACAGACAGAGAAACGGGGGCAUCAAAAUGCUUCGGCUUUGUGGACUUCAACAAUGAGGAUGACUGCAAGGCAGCCAAGGAGGCCAUGGACGAAGGCGAGAUCGAUGGCACCAAAGUAACCCUGGACUACGCCAAGCCCAAGGGUGAAGGCGGCUUCCGCGGAGGUCGUGGCGGUGGAGGAUUUGGUGGUCGCGGUGGCAGAGGAGGUCGUGGCGGCUUCGGUGGUGGCGGUUUCGGCGGCGGUGGCUUCGGCGGUCGCGGCGGUGGCGGCAGAGGAAGAGGAGGCCCCCGUGGAGGUGGACGCGGGCGAGGUAGCUUUGGAGGUGGAAGAGGUGGUGGUGGAUUCGGCGCCAAGCCCCAGGGGAAGAAGAUCAAGUUUGAUGACUAAAUCAGUCAUUUUUACUUUUGAACGGACUCUGGUUUCAUCACUUUUCAGAGCUUUUGGACAUUCCAGAAAGCGUCAUUGAUAUAUAUUUAACUGUUGACGGGCAUUUUAGCCCUUUAUUUAGUCCCCUCAAACCUUCUCCCUUGUGUGCCAGAAUGGUACUUUUUGACCUUCUCAGCUCAAGUGCUUUGUGAGUACUGAAUGUCCCAAAUGCAACCUGCGUCUCUAACCCUCAUUGAUAACUUGCUUUUCUGAAGGAGUAAAAUGGAACGGGUCUGGCAAACAAGUUUGCUGUGAAAAAUAUGCUUGUCUUUGUCAGAUGAAUUGUGUAAAUUUAAACAGUUUGUAUGAUUUUCAUUUUACUUUUUUUGUAAAAAAAAUUCACACCUUAUUUGCUUUUAUUUUGUCUUUUAGUUUGCUUUAGGUGCCAACUUUUACUGUUCUGUGUAAAGCAUAUUUUGAUAGAAGAUUUGAGUCAGUGCUAUUGAGUUGGAAAAGAAGAAAAUGGCAAGCUGUUGUGUCAUGUAUGUUUGGUGGGGCCGGGUCAAUGUCAGAGGAAGAAACCUCUUCUAUGUAACAUAAAAUAUUUGUAGUGCAUUGACUAAUUUUCCCCAUCUGAUGGUUUUCACAUGGAUUAAAUAAAACCUUGUAGGUGGUGAUUUUUAAA